AUGAUUAUUAGGACUCCUACAAGAACAAAAACCAAGUCGUUCAAUGGUUCCCAAGUGGACUUUAAAUUUCCAUCAACAGAGAGUCUACCUAGAGGUAAGAUUGAAGAAGAAGAAUUAAAUAAUCAUCAUUUAUUAAAUGUAACUUUAAAGAAAGGUAGAGACUCUUCAUACUCACAAUCAUCACAUCAUGAUGAGAGUGAUAAUGUUUCCCAAAUUCUAUCAGAUUAUACGUCUGCUUCAAAUACAAAUUCUAAUGCAUACACAAAUUCCUCAAAUGGCUAUUAUUCAUUUGCUAAUAUCUCAGACAAUACGACGUCUCCAAGAUUUUUCACAGAGAAUAAAGAUGGUCCAAUAUCGAAUUUGAACUUGGGAUCACCAGGUAGAUUAGGAAACUACCCUGCUACUUUAGCACCAGAGAAGACAAACUCACCAAUAUCAACUCCAUCAUUAAAAGAUAAGAAAUCUAGUAACUCAUUAAGAAGUUCCAUUACAUCAAAAAGUAAAUCUAUUGGUCAGUCUCAAAUGGCUUCUAUCCCAGAAAAUAAACUUAUGUCAGUUCAUACUGUUAAUGCAUCAAUACCAACAGCUGAUAAUAUAUCCUAUGAAAUUAUUUCUGCUACAUCCAAUAUAUCCCAUACACAGCCACGUAUAAACUCAACGGUAAGUUCUAGUAGUGCGUCUGAUUCAUCUAUUGAUUCGUCAUCUACAUUGAACAAACAUGCUACGGUGAAGAAACACCCAAUGACUGUAAGUGGAGUUCCUUCGAUCAAGAAUGUUCAACCAUCAAAAGGUGUGUUAAGGUCUCUUAGUGUAUCGAGAACCCCUUCACUAAACUCUAGAAGAAGCCGGAACUCUAAAUUAAAAAGAUCGAAUGCUAUCCGUUGCAAAGGUGGUUUAUUGGCAUAUUUCACCUCCAUUGGAAUUAGGAUGAAAAGAACUCUUAGAAAGAUAAGGAUUGCCCUGAGAAGGAAACUAUUUUCAUUCAAUGGUUCUCAUUCAGUUAUUAGUCGUUCUUCUUCAAUGAGUAACAAGAUUCCUGGUUCUGCAAAUAGAAUUCAUAGCAUUAAUUACAACAAUAAGAAAAAUUCGAAGAAAAACGUUAAGGGUAAACACAAUAUGGCUUACUCAAAUUCAAUUAAUAAUGGUUUAACGACUUCACAUUUGAAACGUACCGACGGUUACGUAACAAACUUGCGUAGAACCAUUUCUCAGUCACAAUCACGUUCGUCGUCAUCAGCAUCAGCAUCACCUAAACCAAUAACCAAAUUGACACCACCUGGAUCCAUGUCAGAAUCUGUAACUAAUAUAAAAGAUAAUAAAAUGACUGACCGCAGAACAACUUUAAGAAGAACAAACUCUUCAAUCAGAAGAGCUGCUUCAAUCUUAACAGCUACACCAAGCAUAAACAGAUUAUCUACAGCUUAUCAAACCGACCCUAAGAAUGCAUCAAAUGGAUUAAAUUUAGGAGAAACUCCUUCAUCACAUUUAACCAGAUCUAAAGGUAUGCCAUCUUUGAACUCUGUCAUCAGAGAACCAUCAAUCGUGGUUAAAAAUAAAGUCAUUCCAUUAUCUAUGGGUCAAUAUCCAAUCAAAGAGGAAGAUGAAUAUAUUAUCGAUACUAAUUCUAUGCAGAAACGUAAUUCAACAGCUAGUCUUGAUACCGACAAUUCAUCUUACUUCGAAGCUAAUCAUGAAAAAUCUUCUAUUUAUUCUGAAAAUGAAGAGGAUGAAACUGAUGAUAGUGAAUUAGAUGAUGAAGAAGUUAAUCAAAAUGAAACAAUGGAUAUGUCAAAGAUGACUGCCACAGAAUUAAGUGAUCUAUUUAGCCAUUACUACAAAAAUAUUAUUAGUAGAAGAAUAAUGAUGAGAUUACAAAUGGGACAAUAUCAAAAUUCCAAUAAUCUGACCGACGUCAAUAAUGAAUACAUGCAUUUAUUAGAAAAGUUUGUCAGUGAAUAUGAAUCAGAAUCUUCUGAUAUGUUUGAUCAAGAAUCUAAAGAUACGGACACAUCAAGUGAAAGCUCAGAAGAUGAUUCAAACUCACAGUUCUCAUUUGACGCCAACGAGAAGGAUCUUAAUAACGAAGAAGCAAUGGAUAUAAUAACACCAUUACAAAAAAAAAAUAAAACUGGUAUUCAAAUAAAAAUCGAGACUCCUUUUGCUGUCUAUUCUGCCAGUCAGAAUGCAAGUUUAUUGUCUAUCCCAACCGAUGCCAUUAAACGGUCUUUAACUUUACCAAUUGGUAUAACCAUCUAG